AAGUUUCAAGCGCUGUCUUUGCAUUUGCAUCACGAAGAGAGAAAGCGCAAGAGAACCAGCGAGUCAAAGCCAGCGAGAGAGAGAGAGAGAGAGAGAGAGGAUAUUUAAUAAGGAAAAGCAGGCAAGAAGGGUAGAAAAGUAAAAAUGGCAGCAGCGGCGGCGUUAGAGCUACCACCAGGAUUCAGGUUUCAUCCAACCGAUGAGGAGCUUGUGAUGCACUAUCUCUGCCGUAAAUGCGCAUCUCAGACAAUCGCUGUUCCGAUAAUCGCCGAAAUCGAUCUCUACAAGUUCGACCCAUGGGAGCUUCCAGGAAUGGCCUUGUAUGGGGAAAAGGAGUGGUAUUUCUUUUCACCGCGGGACCGUAAAUAUCCCAACGGAUCGAGGCCUAAUCGGGCUGCCGGAACUGGCUAUUGGAAGGCUACCGGAGCCGAUAAGCCGAUUGGGCAACCGAAGCCCGUUGGAAUCAAGAAAGCUUUGGUUUUUUACGCAGGCAAAGCUCCUAAAGGAGAAAAAACAAACUGGAUUAUGCACGAAUAUCGGCUAGCCGAUGUGGAUCGCUCCGCUCGGAAGAAGAACAGCUUAAGGCUAGAUGAUUGGGUGCUGUGUCGCAUAUACAACAAGAAAGGUACAAUUGAGAAGCAAGGACAAGUAACAAGUCGGAAAUUGAACUCGCAGGAAAUAAUAGAGGAUAAAAAGCCGGAGAUUAUGGCGCCGCCUCCUGCUCCGUCAUCGGCGACUGGAACUGGAAAUGAUUACGUUUACUUCGAGCCGUCGGAUUCGGUGCCGAAGUUGAAUACGGACUCGAGUUGCUCGGAGCACGUGGUGUCGCCGGAGUUCACAAGCGAGGUGCAAAGUGAGCCGAAGUGGAAAGAUUGGGGGAGUAUAAAUACCUAUGAUUUUCCGUAUAAUUACAUGGAUGCCACCAUGGACAAUGUCUUUCAAUCGCAGUUUCAAGGAAACAGUCAGGUGUCGCCGCUUCAGGACAUGUUCAUGUACCUACAGAAGCCGUUCUGAGCAGCAAUCGUUGACCACGUGGAGAGUAAAAAGUGGAAGAACGUUAGUGCGAUCGGACGGUAACACGAGACUGAAAGUCUAUGAGUGUACCUGUGCGAGAGCGUAGAUAAGAAUUUAUUUUGCAGUGGCGAUCCCAAAAUUGACGGUUAAAAAAAAAAAAAAAAAAACAUCUUUCCUCUGUAUAUAAUUAGACAGUCUUACAGAACGCUAUUCUGGGGUUUAUGAAUUAUUGUACUUUUGUUUAAGGUAGUAUUUACUCCAAAAUAUUCAUCCAA